UGAUCUUGGAGAACCUUAUUUUAGCCGUCCCUGAAGCGUGUUGGUUUUACUGACCGUAGACGGGCGACGUAGUCUGCAUCGUUCAUUUGCAAAAUGGCUGACCACAGGGAAAGAGAAUCGUAUUAUUCACAAACGGAUUUAAGAUCAAAAAAUGAUGAUCCACCAAAUUCACGUUUAUUUGUUAUAUGCCACAAAAGUCUGGAAGAAGAUGAUCUUAGAAAAGCCUUUGAAAAAUUUGGAAAGAUUGAAGACAUUUGGGUAGUUAAAGAUCGAAUUUCAGGGGAAAAUAAAGGAGUUACGUACAUUAAAUUUUCAAAAACAUCAGAAGCAGCUUUUGCUCUUGAAGAAAUGAAUGGGAAAAUGUUAGGUUCUGUUGGAAGACCUAUUAAAGUGAUGAUUGCUUCAAAUCGUGAUCAAGGAUCUGUUAGGGAAACCAAUGAAGAAGAAAGAUGGGUUCGUUUAUUUUGUGUGUUGCCUAAGUCUAUGACAGACAAUGAACUUCAACAAGAAUUUUCAAAGUUUGGACCUAUAGAAUAUGCAACUGUAGUUAAAGAUAGAAAUACAAAUGAAUCAAAAGGCUUUGGUUAUGUGAAAUUUAAAAAAGUAUCUAGUGCAGCAAGAGCAUUUGAAGAAUGUGAUAGGAAGUAUAAGGCAGUAUUUGCAGAACCAAAAAAGCCAAAACCUGAACACAUUGAUGUGAAAUAUAAUAAUGGACUAUCUUCUCAUUAUGAUAGUGCUGGUGGAAGUUAUAGUUCAUCAAAUUUUGGAAAGAGCAGUAUUAGUUUAGAAAUUGCUACAAAUUAUCCUAAUUCUGAAGGUUAUACACAUUUGCAAGUAAUUGCACAUCCAGCAUUAAAUCAAGAUCAAUUAUGGAAAUUGUUUGACAUUGUACCUGGUUUGGAUUAUUGUCAUUUGAAAAAUGAUGUAAGAUACAGAAUGCCAAGGGGUCAGGCUGUUGUGGUAUAUUCUAAUCCUAGUGCAGCAGCAUAUGCAAGAGAAAAAUUUCAUGGUUUUGAAUAUCCUCCUGGUCACAGAAUGAUAGUCAAGCCAGAUUUAUCAAGUGCACCACCGAAAAAUGCAAUAAAACCUGGUAGUUCUACAGGUGGAAUUGCUAGUGCUAGAACAGAUUUAGCACAUCUAGCUGAAACUAUUGCUCAAGCUACAUCUUUAAUUCAAGCUGCAGGAUUAACUGCACCAAGUUUAGAGCAUUCAAUGUGUAUUAAAUUACCACCUGUGCAACCAAUGGCUAGUAUAGAUGCAGAAGUUGCCAAAAGGUGUUUCAUUGUAUGUGGACCUCCAGUACCUCCUAUAUAUGCCAUGAAGGAUGCUUUUUGCAGAUUUGGAAAUCUUAUAGAUGUUUACAUGCUUCCAGGCAAAAAUUGUGGUUAUGCAAAAUAUGCUAGUGUGCAGAGUGCAAACGAAGCAAUUGAGGUUUUACACGGACAAGAGAUUUGUGGAUCUCGGUUAAAAGUAUUAGAAGCAGAAGAACGCAACGUCGGUGAAGAUCGUAGAAAACGAUUGCGAACGGAUGAAGAUGAAAACUAAAUUUUUUUUUGUAUAUCUCACUGACUGGUAUACACAAGCUGGACGCACGCAAUAAAAGAGACGAAUUUUAAGACUCACUUGACCACGUCGGGCCCGCAUCCAAGGAAACUACUCCAACUACCUACUUUUAACUACCGUUUAACGUUCGCGAUUUCAACGUUACUGAAACUUUAACGUUACUUUACUUUAUCCUUACAUGUCGUUACACGUACACCUGACUUCCUAAUUUUAUUUUAAGAGGCCUGUGCGAAAAGUGAUCUUAAAUAUUCAAGUUAAGAAUAUACAGAACACAAAAUUAGUUAAAUUUGAAAUACUUUCCUUUAGCACAAGAAAAGUAUAUGAUGCCAUAUACUCGGGGCGUUUAUUAUUGUAAUAUACUGCAGGUAUUAAUCAGAGGUAAGAAUAUUUCUGGAUGAACAUACACUUUUGUAUUAAAAUUAUAUUGAAAUGAAAAUCUAUUCAAACAAAUUUGUAAAAAGGAAAAAAAAAUGAAUUAUUUAUAUAUUAAUCGAAUAAUCGAAUAAUUUAAAAAAAAGAGAAUACAACAUGAAAUUAUCUCGUAAUAUUUUAUAUUUUUGCCUGUAAAGCAAAAAACGUAAUUAUUAAUUGUAAUAUUAAUUUUAACUAUUCGCGCAGGCUUUAAAAUAUAACCUGUGCUUUAGAAUUAGUGAAACAAAUUUUUGUUUAUAAUUUAUAUCCAAUAGUUUUGUACUAUUCUUUUAUUAGCUAUAAUAUGUAUGAAAGAAAACGUAAAAUAUCUUCUUGUAUAUGUUUCAAGACAUGUUUUCGUAAUUACGAAUAACAAUAUAUUUCAUAGAAUUAAAAUUCCAAAACAAGAUAUUCUACAGAAUAAUACUUUUAUUUUUAAAUACUUUGCAAACGUAGUUUUAGGAGCUAUAAUUCUGCAUGAUAUAAAUAAAAAUCAUAUUUUUAUGAGUAUAAAUAUAACGAAGUUUUAGAAAUAUUUUUAUGAAGAUUAAAACUAUAUCUAACUAAACAUUGUAUUAUGUUUUAUUGUAUUUUAUUACAACAAUAACUUAAUUUGAAUAAUACCAGGUGUACAUAAUAAAUUUAAGAAGUCGUAUUAUUAAUCAGAUUUGAUUACUUUAUGUGUUUUUGUAAAUAUAAAAGUAAUUUUUAUAAUUAUAAAAUUAUAGACAUAGAAACAAAGGAGAAAAUUACAAAAUUUUCCACUAAAGUAUUAUGAGUAAAUCUUGUUUUGGAAUCGCUUGAACAUUACAUUGUUUAUAUGUAUAGAUAUAUUUGCAAAAUAUAUCGAUAUGUUGUUUUCUACAAUUAGAUCAAAUUUCUUUAAAGACAGUACGUUUUCUUAGGAAAUUAAUAUUACGUCCAUGAUCACAAUUCGUCAAAUACCAAUAAUUGACGCACAACAUGAACGUUUUAUGAUGGACACUUUUGUACAUGUGUUAGACUGUUCUACUCAAUGACCAUACGCAAUGAUGUUUUAGGAGACUGUAACUGACUUGUUUGAUGAUAUUAAAAUACACAUUAAGUAUUCAAAACCUCACACUGACUUCCACUUAUUUUUUUUUUUUUUUUACACUGAACAGAAUGUCCUACUUUACUACACUGUAUCUAUCUAUAAUUAACCUGAUGUGUCUUUUCUUUUAACUUUCAGGAUAGCUCAAGGAUUCUAAGAUGUGUACCUGAUGACUGUGAUAUAGCAGAGUAAGAUAUUACUAUUAUUGUAUAUAUAAAACAUAAAAUAUAAAGAAUAAAUUAUAAUUUUUUAAUUCCUCCUUUUUAUUACUGAACGGAGAUUAAUCAUGACAAUCAGAAAAAUUGUUAUAUGUACUUGCAUUUUUUAUAUUCCACUUUUAUACUACAUUU